CCCCUGCAGAUUAUAUCUGCUAGCGGUUGUGGUGGGGACUGCCCCAACGGACUCCGUCAAGGGUUCGGGCCCGGUCCGACCAUCCUCUUCCCCAUAGAAUUUCACCUGCCUGAUCGGUAGAGACAAUCGGCUAACAAGCAUGUUUCAGGCCGUGGUAUCGGCAGAGAGAUGGCCCAAGAGCUUGGUCGCCGUGGCGCCAAGGUCAUCGUCAACUACGCCAACAGCGCCGAGUCGGCUGAGGAGGUCGUGAACGCCAUCAAGAAGUCCGGUUCCGACGCCGUUGCCAUCAAGGCUAACGUUUCGGACGUGGACCAGAUCGUCAAGCUUUUCGAACAGUCCGUCAAGGUCUGGGGCAAGCUCAACAUCGUCUGCUCCAACUCUGGUGUCGUGUCUUUCGGCCACGUCAAGGAUGUUACUCCUGAGGAGUUCGACCGUGUCUUCACUAUCAACACCAGAGGCCAGUUCUUCGUCGCUCGUGAGGCAUACAAGCACCUCGAGGUCGGUGGCCGUCUCAUUUUGAUGGGUUCCAUCACUGGUCAGGCCAAGGGUGUCCCUAAGCACGCCGUCUACAGUGGUAGCAAGGGCGCCAUCGAGACCUUCGUGCGAUGCAUGGCUGUCGAUUUCGGUGAUAAGAAGAUCACUGUCAACGCCGUCGCCCCCGGUGGUAUCAAGACUGACAUGUACCACGCCGUCUGCAGAGAGUACAUCCCCAACGGUGAGAACCUCACCGAUGAGGAGGUCGAUGAGUACGCAUCCACUUGGUCAUCUCUUGGCAGAGUUGGUCUGCCCAUCGACAUUGCCCGCUGUGUCUGCUUCCUGGCUUCCCAGGAUGGUGAGUGGGUCAACGGCAAGGUCCUGGGUAUUGACGGCCACGCCAUGAUGUAAGCGCAGAUUAAUGAUAAUAAUAAUGAGUAAUACUUUGCUUUUUAAGGGUUUAAAGCUAUAGCAUGCUUAUUGGCAUUAGAGCUGGCAAGGCGUACUUCUUUCAGGAUUCUAUUUUGUAGAUAGAACAAUCAUGACAUUCAAAAAUUGAAGUGUGCUCACUGAAUGCAAACAAUGAUCAUGCAAUGG